AGGAAAGAACGACGAGCGGCAAUUUGCGCGUGUUUGUGGACACCGUCAAUUUCGAGUGGUGGUGUUCCAAAACGAGAGCAGCGCAGCCGUCGCAUGCAUUUCGGGGGGCAGACACCAUGGCUCUUAAUCAACACGUUCAACUAGACAGCAUCCAGCUUGACCUCGAUGCCGUAACGCGCCGCCUCGUGCGCCCGGGCUUCCUUUCCACUCUCAGUCCAUCACGUCUGCCCUCGCAGGCCGCAAGCGAUUCUUCACUCAGCCCCACCCGUGACGAAGCACGGUUGCACGCUGCUGGGAACCCGUCCCACCAUCGUCAAUCCCAGCUCAGCUUCGCGGUCACGUUUGAGGAUGCACUCGAACACGCGGACCUCGUAUCCCCGCUGAUUCAGGAGCCUUGUGCCGACGGCAGCGCGCCCAGCGUUGACGAGCGCAUCGCUGAGUACCUGGAAUUACGCUUUUUGGACGUGCAUCACGCGUAUGCGAAGAUGGCGGCCGAACGCAGCUUUCAGCCCUUCUCCCAUGGCCAUCAGGAUCUCGUGCUUGCCGUGGAUUUCAACUACUUCGGUACCCGCAUGGUGACGGCGAGCUCGGAUCACCGCAUCAAAGUCUGGGACAAAAAAGAUGAUGUCUGGACGCUAGUCGAGAGCUGGAAGGCGCAUGAUGCUGAGAUUGUGGAUGUGAAGUGGAAUGGUCCCUUCAUGGGCGAAGUCAUCGGCAGCAUUGGUGAAGAUGGUCGCUGCAAGCUCUGGCAAGAGGAUGCCACAGCAGUUCCCAUGUCUGGCAGCCGGUUUCAAUUGAUCACGAAUCUUGCGUCGCAGACUCAUGCGCCCUUCAUGUCUUUGGACUUCAAGAACAUCAUGCAGGAGACGUGGCUUGCUCUUAUCACGCGCGAUGGCCUUUUGACUGUCUUAGAACCCCAGGACCAGAGCAGUCUCAACGAAUGGACCCCAAUAGCAGAGCGCUGGGUUUCUGGUGACGACCCCCCUCAACGCCAGGACGAAGUAGGCUUCAAGGUUGUGUUCCACAAAGAGAAGUUGCCAUGCUGGACAGCCAUCAUGGCGGGUCUUGACCGUAAAUCUCUCUCGCUCGCCGUAGCAGCCAUGAAAGACGUCCUCGUCUUCCGCACCGACAAAGCCAAGCGAUUCUUCCAAGUCGCAAAGCUAGAAGGCGCUCGACAAAUCAUCCGGGACCUGGCCUGGGCAAAUGGUUCCAUGCGCGGCUACGACAUCCUCGCAACCGCCAGCAAAGACGGCGCCAUCCGCAUCUACGAACUCUCCACACCCGACCCGGAAAAGGGCGCGGCAGCAUCCUCAUCCAAAGCCAACGAAUCCGUCGCCUCCCCUCGUCCAGGACCGCAGAAGAACGCCCCCUCUGGAAUAGGCGCCGGGUUAGCUGGAGCGUCGCGGGCCCCCGACAUCGCGAUUGAGAACGAGCAGAACCCAGGACGCAUCGUGCAGCGAGCCAGGCUUACCGACACGCUCACAGACCAUCACGGAGCAGUGUGGCGCGUCACAUUCUCACAGAUGGGCGAUCUCCUCGUCUCCACAGGCGACGACGCAUCUAUCCGCACCUGGAAGAAAGCCGUCAACGGCCGAUGGACAGAGUACGCCGAAAUCGAAUCUGGACUCGAUUAACCAGCGCAGAUAACUGGCAUGAGAUAUGCAGACUACAGGCGUUUGGAUAGAUAGAAUUUAUGGCACGGACUCUUUUACGACGGUCUCGGUUAUGUAUGUUUGUAUCGCUGACUUUGCACCGGGCGUCGGAGGCGCUCUGUCUGGGAGAUAUGAGGCGUUUGUAUCUCGUGGUAAAUGCGAGUCUAUAGAAAUAAAGAUCGAUUGGU